UAUAGUGACCAAUGAUUAAGUAGCGUUAUCCCAGAUAUGUCUUGGAUAACUUCUACCAACCUGGAAUGUAAUAGUUCCCUUUGUAAAUCGAGAUGACCGAGUCUCAACCAUGAACACUGAAAGCAGACACUGAUCACAUGAGGCUUGAGUCCACUCUGAUUGGCUUGUCACAACCAGUCUUGUCUCUAGGAAGUAGAGCACAUUAAGAGAUUCUAUCAGUGAAGCAAAACCAUUUAAAGAAAAUGACUCCUCUUAUGUUUAUUGGCUAUGUGACAUGUCUGAUCCUGGAAACUUUGGUUCGUUUGGAAGCUCAGACUCCAUCACCGUCUUUGCAUUUUGAAUCGGUCAGCGUCGGCUCAAAUGUGACUUUAAAGUGUUUCUAUAAAGAAACUGAUGGAGUGAUUUUCUACUGGUAUAAACAAACUCCAGGGCAGAAACCACAGCUGAUGUCAGAGUUUUAUAGAUAUAAGAGAAAUGGCUCACUUACGGGUGAAUUUUGCAAUGAUCCACGAUUUGAGCUGGAAACUGGCAAAGACAAAAACCACUUGAGGAUCUCCAGUGUGCAAAUGUCAGACUCUGCUACUUACUACUGUGCAGGAGUUCAUACAUAUCUGUAUACAUUUUUAGAGGGCAUUACAGUCCAUGUAAAAGAACCAAAUCUGAACAUUUGGACCUUGGUCGAUCAGUCCAGAUCUGAGAUCAACCGGCCAGGAGGUUCUGUGACUCUGAAGUGUACGGUACAAAGUGGGACCUGUGAUGGGCAACACAGAGUUUUCUGGUUCAGAAACUCUGAAGAACACCUUCCAGAGAUCAUUUACACCAAUGGAGCCAGUGAUGACCAGUGUAAGAAGAAGCCAACCACACAGGCACACAGCUGUGUGUACAGCCUAUCCAUAGAGAGUCUGGACGCGUCCAAUGCCGGGACCUACCACUGUGCCGUUGCCUCAUGUGGACACAUUCUGUUUGGAAAGGGGAUGCAGCUGGACUAUGAGAAAAAGUCUGACUCCCCUGUCCUGCUGUACGUCUUGAGUGGAGCUUUAGCAGUCAGCAUCAUCAUGGUGGUAAUUCUGGCUCAAAAACUGCACAAGACCAAGUCCUGCAAAGACUCUCCAGACAGAUCCUCCGCAGCCUCCGCUCUAAAUGCAGAUGAUUACGAGGAUGCAGAAAAUCUCCAUUAUGCUGCUUUAAGCAGUAAUAAACUCAGCAGAUCGAGAGGGAAGAGGGACGCCACCAGUGAAGUUGUGUACUCCAGUGUUGGGCCUCAGAACUGAAGUUGCUUCUUUGUGUGGUUAUGCUAAUGCAGUGGUUCCCAAAGUGUGGGGCGCGCCCCCUAGGGGGUGCGCCGUGCCAUUGCAGGGGGAGCACAAGAAGCGAUAUGGAUGAAAAACCCCCAAAACAAAACAGUUACACAAAAGUGUUUCACUGUUAAGAUGGUUUGUAGUUUGUUUUGU